AUGGCUUGCAUUGGUUUCUGGGGAAAAGAAUGUAGAAACAUCUGCAGUUAUGGUUAUUAUGGACACGGAUGUCGUAGAUUGUGUAAAUGUAACUAUCAGCAGAUCUGCGAUCCCAUAAAAGGCUGCAUUGCAGAUAACUCAGUUGAUGAGUCUAGUAAUUUGACAAAUUGUUCUGACAUGGAAAAAGUUUACAACAUAUUGACAAGUGCACAUGGGAUUAAUAUCUGUUACAACAGUAUGACGGCAAAGAUCGAAUGUUGUGCAGGCUUUACAAACAAAACAGGAAUUUGUGAAAAGAACAUUGAAAAGGUUGAAUAUACUACCAACAAUGCAGAAGAAGAGCUAUUUGGAGGCUAUGCAAUCAUGACUAUUUGUGUCCUUUCUGCGCCUUUGGGUUCAACGUGGCUUAUUGUAGCAGUAUUAGUCAUCUACAAAAAUCGACGCGGGAAUUGGUUGGAGACACAGAGCUUCACUCGAAAUUACGAGGACGCACAAUUUACAGACGCAUGGGACAUGUACACAGAACUGGGUAAUCCAUACCAAGGAAUUCAUGACACUACCUACGAGCAGCCGAAAAUGUAAACGUCAACAUAAUGUGCCACACUGACGAAUGUCUGAUAUAUUUUCUGUUUUAUUUAUUAUCUUUCUGCGAUUAUUUUUUUUGCGUUAUCAUCAGAAGAUCGUAGAUGUAUCAAUUCUACCUUUGUUGAAGAAAUUCUCUUUUAAUACUUAUUAAUAAGUUACCCUAAGGUGAAGGCUCAAGUUAGCUUUUCUGUGAAAGGGUCGGUCUUGGUCACGUUUUUGGUCAAAUUCUAUUUUUCUUUUCUUAUUAUUUACAACGCUUGAGGGGUG